GUGGCCAGCUGUGGUGCACCACCACUAAAAACAUCAUGGAGGGCGAGGAGCUAGUGGCGUUCGCCGUGGACUUUGACUCCCGUCUACAGGCCAUCAGCCACAUGUCUCUGAGCGAGGGGAUGUACCCGGCCAGACUGCUGGACACCAUCCAGCUCCUGCCUCAGCAGGCUGCCAUGGCCUCCAUACUGCCCACUGCCAUCGUCAACAGUGAGUGUGUUACAAUAUACUCCAUGACUAGUCUGUACUGUAGUCUCACCUAGGGCUGCGUUUGAAAUGGCACCCUAUUCCCUAUGUAGUCCACUACUUUUGGCCAAAACUUUAAGUAGUGCACUAUAGAAAAGAGGGUGCAGGCUCUGGACAAAGGGAUUGCACUAUAUAGGGAAUAGGGUGCCAUUUUGGACAUAGCCCUAAUAAACAAGAAAUGUCUGUCCGUCCGUCUAUGGGCUGUAGAUUAACCCAGAUGAGUCUGUGUUAAGAGCGGUUGAGAUAAGAGCUGUCGACCUUCAGUUUGGGUUCACGUAAACACAGGCGAGCCUCCCACUAACCUGUUAAUUGCAAAAUACAAGCUUCAUGCAAAUAGUGCAUUUGUUUACUUAAUAAGGGCUAUCUGGGUUCAGCUCGACAGGGAGGCUGCUCUGCUGCAGGCAGAUGGUCCAGUGUUUCAGUUGUCCUUGAGAAAGGGCACCAACCUAGUGGUAUCAACACAGUCCUAUCACAGGCUUGGGUAUUACAGUGUUUUCACAUGGCUUUGAGUAUCAAAUCAGAGCUAUAAAGAGAAAGAAACGUGUGUGUGUUGUACGUGCAUACGUGUGCAUGUUGUUGUGUGUGCAUGUGCAAGAACUGUACACUGACAUUCUACCCUGUGUUUUACCCUCUCUCUACAGAGGACAUCUUCCCAUGUAAGGCGUGUGGGAUCUGGUACCGCAGUGAGAGGAACCUGCAGGCCCACCUGAUGUACUACUGCAGUGGCAGGCAGAGGGAGCCAGAGAGCCAGGGGGAGGAGAAUGACAACGGACCCCACCAGACCCCCAGCAUCUGCCCCUUCCCACAGUGCAACAAGAGCUUCACCAGUGCCAGGGCCCUGGAAAUGCACCUGAGCACGCACAGCAGUGAGUAGAGAUGUACUGGUAGUACUGUUAGUAUAGUAGUUUAGAUUUAUUUUAGCUGUCAUUCAGUUGUAAGUAUCUCACCAUUGAGUAAAUGUAAUCCUAUUUAUUAUUUAAUUAUGUUGAGUAGUACAGAACAGUAUAACUUUAAUAUUUUUCAGUCAUUUUAGUAUUUGGUUUUAUAAUGAAAAGUAUUGCUUGACAUUAAGACAAUCUCAGUUUCACAUUAGUCAGGUAAAAUAAUUGGCAAAGUGAACUACUACUCUUAGCUCCAGAAAUAUACACGUUCCACUGUCAGCUUAUGCAGUUGACAGUUUAGCUUUCAGCCCACCCAAAACUCAGGAGGGUUUGGAGUAAGCUUGGCAUAAUGCAUCAGUUUUUGAUCGUAGCCGUAGUUAACAUUAAGGCAGAGUGGGAAGGCGAAGAGGAAUCUCAACAGUGUCCUUUAAUCUCCCUAACAGGUGUCAAAAUGGAAGAGACGCUCCCCCCUGGCACCAGCUUGAAAUGCACAAUCUGUAACUACACGGCGGAUUCUCUUAUUACUUUCCAACAUCACAUCCUCUCUCACCUGUCACAGGCAGCCUUCAGAUGCAAUCACUGCCAUAUCAGCUUCCAGAACCACAGGGAACUCUUGCAGCAUCAGGACUUACACAGCCACCAUGGCCACGGCGGUGGCAGCAAACUUCACAGGGAGAGCGACAGUGAGCACUCCCCCAGGGGGGCGGAGGAAGCCCUGCAGCAGGCAGCGGCCCGCGUCGAGUUGGCCAACCGGAAGGAAGCCCUCCAGAGUCCCAAAGCAAGUCCCUCAGCAAGGACGCCACCACCGACAGCGAGCUGGAGAAGGCUGAGAAAAAGCCCAUGCUGUCAGGGCAGAAGGACAGUGGCCACCCGGGCAUUAAGGCCAGCUUCUCUUACACCCGGAUCAAGUCUGAGCCCUCCAGCCCCCGCCUGGCCUCCUCUCCCGUUCAGCAUAACAUGGGCCCCACCUUCCCCAUGGGGCCCUUCCUGUCCCAGUUCGCUUUCUCCCAGGACAUUUCUGUCGUCCCGCAGGCUUCUGAGAUUCUGGCUAAAAUGUCAGAGCUGGUGCACCGGAGGCUACGCCACGGUGGGAACACGGGCUACCCUCCUGUGAUCUACAGCCCCCUCAUGAACAAAGGGGCCACGUGUUUCGAAUGCAAUAUCACCUUCAACAACCUGGACAACUACCUGGUCCACAAAAAGCACUACUGUAACAGCCGCUGGCAGCACAUGGCCAAGUCGGCUGACUUCUCUAGCGUCUCAGACAAGGCCGUGAGCCCCAACAGUGGCCAUAGCUCAGUCAGUAUGCUCACGGGAUGCCACCCGUCUGAGGUGACCGACAGCCACCUGAUGCAGUCGGCCUGUUUGUCAGUCAACUCUCAAAGUGUUCUGGACAUGAUCAAUGCAGGAGCGGCAGUGAAAGGCCCUGGCCCAGAGAAGGAGCUCCCAGGCCAGGUGAAGAAGGUCUCCACCACCCCGACCGGCGUGGAGGAGAGGCUGAACGGGAAGCAGCAAGUGGUGGAGGGGAAGAGCCCCACCAACACGCCUCUGGUGGAGACUGACGUCAACGACCCCAACCAGACUUCCUGUGCGGCAUGCAAUAUCACCUUUAGCCGCCACGAGACCUACAUGGUCCACAAGCAGUACUAUUGUGCUACGCGUCACGACCCCCCCAUGAAACGCAUGUCCGCCAACAAGGUUCCCUCCAUGCAGAGGACCAUGAGGACCCGCAAACGCAGGAAGAUGUACGAGAUGUGUCUCCCAGACCAGGACCCGAGAGGACCCUCCAUUGGGCAGCCAGGGUUCCUGGGGGUCCCUCCAAUGGAGAACCCCUGUACGUCCCAGGAGGCAGUGGAGAGCCUGGUCGACCGCUUUCACCCUCGCUGUGACGUCUUCCCAGGGAUGGUUCCCCAAACACCUGGAGGCUUCCCUCACCGUCACCAAGUCUAUCAUGGCCCCCAACCGCAAUACCACUAUGGACCAGCAGGAGCUGGACGCACCCAUCGAUCUCAGCAAAAAGUGCUCGCCUAUCCCCAAUGACAAGACAUCACCCAACUCCCCCAAAAGACUGUUGGACUAUCACGAAUGUACAGUGUGCAAGAUCAGUUUUAACAAAGUGGAGAACUACCUAGCGCAUAAACAGAACUUUUGUCCUGUGACAACAGCCACAGCCACCCAGCAGCACGGUGGUGAGACCAUGUUCCCAGACGUGGUGAAGAGUGAAGGCAGUAAUCCUGAUGAUGCCUACAAUAAGAGCCCCGGGAAAUGUGAGAAGAACGGCAACGAUAAAAUGAUUGUGCAGAACGGGGGUGGAAUGUUCCCCCCUAACAUGGGCCCAGUGCCGGGUAUCAAGCCCUUCAGCGAGGCUCAGCUCAUCCCAACUAAAGACGAGAACAUGUUUCUGCCCCACUGCCUUUAUCCCGGCGCAAUAAAGAAGAUGAAAGGUGCCGAGCAAAUAUCGCCCUACUUUGGGAUAAAGCCAACCGAUUACGUGGCCGGCGGACUGGUCAUGCAGGGAGAGAGAGAGGUGAGCAGCGAGCAGGAGCCGAGCACUAAUGGAGGGGGACCAGAGACAGGGAGAGAGCAGCCUGCUGCCAACGGCUGCCCACUCCCCAGCAAAGAGCCACUGCCCCUGCUGCCCAAAAACAGGGGCAUGGUGAUAGUCAACGGUGGGCACAAGCCAGAGGAGCGCUCGGGCUCGGGACCCGUCCCACCCAGCCAGGAUAACCAAUCCCACAAUCCCCAGCAGCAAGACAGCCACCCCUCACCCACGUGGGGCGCGGAGAACCCGUCCGACUCCAACGAGAACGUGUCGCCCGCGUCCAAGUCUCCGACCGAGGAGGCGGUGCCCACGGUGACAAAGGGUGUGAAUGGGUCAUCCCAGGCUGCGGGGAGCGGGAAGUACUGCCGCCUCUGUGACAUCCAGUUCAACAACCUAUCAAACUUUAUUACCCAUAAGAAGUUUUACUGUUCGUCACAUGCUGCGGAGCAUGUGAAA